AUGGCACGUGGCCCCGUGGAGUCACCAUCUUUCCCGUCGGGAUUCUAUCCCCGUAAAAUGAAUCAAAUGAAUCAAAUCACCAACACCUCAGGUAUGACGAGCAGCAUCGAUCAGCAUCGUCCCUUUCCAUGUGAUGAAUGUUCAAAGUUGUUCACGCGGAGUGAAAACCUACAACGGCAUAAGCGUGCACCGACGUAUAUAAACGACAUGGUGAUCGUUGCCGUGCGACAGGAUCUUCAAUUCGGAUAUCUCAGCCACAGGUGCCAUGGGAGAGUAUGCAUGCCUCUCAGGCAAUGGUCGGCAUAG